AUGACAAUUGUCGGAAAAGCUGUGCAUUUGUCCAUCGAUUUGGUGCUGAUAUCGACUUGUCUAGCGGGUAUCAAGAGAAAUACAGGUUUGACACCGAAAUUAGAUAAUGUGGAGAAUGCGACAUUAAGAGAGUAUUCUACAAAGUACUUGAACCUGGGUGAAUCUGUUUAUGACUAUAGUGUGGCCACCUGCGGUGCAUCGUCUCAUUUUGUCAGAAAAUAG